AUUUAAACCCUACGCUCGUCGUCACUACCGUGAAUUUAAAAAUUACCUUAGUGAACAACGUCCUCCAAUUGAUGCUCCUGAUAGAAUGAUUUACUGGGCUAUAAAAGACUUGCAUAGAUCUAGGCGUGACGCUUUAUUGAAGGAACGAAGAAGGGACAGAGAAAGGAGAGCCAGAGAAAGGCUAGAAAAUGUGGAGCCUGAUAAUGUUAGAUCAGAUGGUUAUGUUGGUUAUCGUCCUAGGUGA